AUGUUAACACUUAAAAUACUUGUGUUUGUUAUCACAUCAUUCAAUUUUGUUAAUUCUAUGAUAUUACAAAGCAGAGUUCCACAGUUGAACCAAUCAGUUGGAAAUGGACAAGAUAAUGAUGAUGAUAAACUUGAUGAUAUUUUGAAAUAUAUUGUUAUGAAAUAUGGAGAAUCAGCACAAAUUCAGUAUCAAGCCCAAACUCAUACGUAUGGUGACAAUUCAAAGAUACAUCAAGUGCAAAUCCAAAAUGUUAUAUCCGGAAGUCAGAGCCAACCUCAUAAAAAAGAUAAAGAUUUGGGAGCUUCGGAAUCUAACUCGAAGAUGUACGAUGCAAACAUAGAAAAAAUGCAAGCAGAUUCGUCAGAAUUAUUACAACUUAACGACAGUCACAAUUCACACGUAUUUCCACCCAACAAUCAAUCAAUGUUAUCCUUCUCAAUAGAUAGUCAAACUUCAAGCAGGACAAAAAAAUAUCCACAGUGGGAAUUACCACAUUCAACUGCAAACCAGAGUUCUAAAAAACUGCCUACAUCUAUUCCAACAAACACUGAAAAUGAUCAUUUACCUCUGGACAAGACACAAAAAAAAGCACUACCUGAUAAAAGCGCCAGUGCUCUUCAGCAGUAUAAUCAGCCACAGCAAUCGUCAUCACCAGAUGCUGGUCAGAGUUCCAGUGGCUUUCUCCCAGCUGGUCAGUCAGCGUCGCCAGGAUCAUCAACUGGUCAGAGUUCCAGUGGUCCUCAGCAGUAUAAUCAGCCACAGCAAUCGUCAUCACCAGAUGCUGGUCAGAGUUCCAGUGGCUUUCUCCCAGCUGGUCAGUCAGCGUCGCCAGGAUCAUCAACUGGUCAAAGUUCCAAUGGUCUUCAGCAGUAUAAUCAGACACAGUCAGCAGAGUCGUCGAGUGGCCAGAGUUACAGCCGUCCUUCACCGUCUUCCUCAACAUCCCGUGGUCAGAGUUCCAGUGGUCUUCAGCAGUAUAAUCAGCCACAGCAAUCGUCAUCACCAGAUGCUGGUCAGAGUUCCAGUGGCUUUCUCCCAGCUGGUCAGUCAGCGUCGCCAGGAUCAUCAACUGGUCAGAGUUCCAGUGGUCCUCAGCAGUAUAAUCAGCCACAGCAAUCGUCAUCACCAGAUGCUGGUCAGAGUUCCAGUGGCUUUCUCCCAGCUGGUCAGUCAGCGUCGCCAGGAUCAUCAACUGGUCAAAGUUCCAAUGGUCUUCAGCAGUAUAAUCAGACACAGUCAGCAGAGUCGUCGAGUGGCCAGAGUUACAGCCGUCCUUCACCGUCUUCCUCAACAUCCCGUGGUCAGAGUUCCAGUGGUCUUCAGCAGUAUAAUCAGCCACAGCAAUCGUCAUCACCAGAUGCUGGUCAGAGUUCCAGUGGCUUUCUCCCAGCUGGUCAGUCAGCGUCGCCAGGAUCAUCAACUGGUCAGAGUUCCAGUGGUCUUCAGCAGUAUAAUCAGCCACAGCAAUCGUCAUCACCAGAUGCUGGUCAGAAUACCGUUGGCUUCUCGCAUUCUGGUUUGUCGGUUACAUCGACAAGUGGUCAGAAGUUCAGUGGAAUUUCUCUUCAUGGGCAGUCUCAUAUAAUUUCGUCAACUGAUGGUCAGAUAUUAGGCUCGAUGACUGCGUCCUCAUAUCCGGUUCAUCCUGGUUAUACGGACAACAAUUUCCUGUCAGUCCAGCUUUAUCUAGUCAUUCAAACUCUUUUCUGUAUCGUACGUGCCUGA